CUAAUCAGGGAUCCCAGGCCCUCGUACAAUGCUGCAGGACCGUAGUACAAUCAUUUCCCUCAGCAAGGGCCGGCCUCCAACGUGCAGUAUGCUGCCACUCAGCAGUAUGGACCUCCUGGGACAAGCUCCCACAACCCGCCUACGUUCAUCGGUUACGGAUCAGCUCAAGCUCAAAUGGCUUCCUUCAACUACGGGGGUCGCAUCGUCGGCAUCGGUCAGCGUCUCUCCAUUUAGCCAGUGUUCCCCACAGCAGCCUGGUUCAUUGAUGCCAUACUCACCAGCUGCCAUGUAUGGUCCUGGACCGUCCUCUGGUGUCCCCAUUCAUGGCAAUGGACCCCAUUACUGGAACAACCCGCCUUCUGCUCAGUUUGGUGUCGGCCUUGGCUCACCCUCACCCUCUUCGACUGCAGCUGAUCGUUCUGUGAGAAGGCCAUCAUCAGCACGUUCAACGGGAGGUAAAGGCAGAAGGCCAAGAGAUGAAGGUGAACCCGCUAGUGGCCCCUUGACUACAGCUAAGCUUCCGGAAAGAACUGAUCCAGACUAUGAUAUCCAUCCCAAUGAUGUGCUGUGCUGUGAUAAUUGUGGGUCAUAUAUUGGUCGCUUUGAUGUUAUGCCAUGUGGGCACUAUGGUUUUUGCCACAGAUGCCUCUCAAGUGAAAAGGGACAGGCUUCGAAGGCAAAUCGUCCUGAAAAGUGUUUGGCUUGCAACAAAGUAUCUUAGAUGUAUUCGUGCUACAGCUUUUGGUGAUGCGCAUUAAGUUGCGGUAGGUGCUUGCCUUUUUUAUUUUAAUGUAUCUUCUUUUUAACUGUUUUUCUUUUUUUCCCUUUACUGUUUUGUCAUAACUUUUCUUAAAAGUAAUUUCUAGUUUAAUUUGAAGCUUCAAGCUACUAUUGUUUCGGGAUUCUCCGUCCGAGUGGGGAAGAAAAGUUUCUCCUAAAUUUUAAUUCCUUUUUUGUCUUUCUUCCUGUUUAGUCGUCCCUUUGACUCGAACUGUAUUUGUUCUAUUGUUACUCAUGUUGGUAUGGUUGAUCUACUUCGGCUUGUUCAUUAUGCCAUAUGAGUCACAUGACAUAGUUUUGUAUUCUUUUGCUCUUGUUGUGCUGCUAUAUGCUUGUAGCUUGUGAGUAUAGACUGAAUUCGCUAAAGUGUUGUCAUUUGCCUUAAAUCGCGUGAAUGGAGUAGCCUCUCCUAAAUUUUAAUUCCUUUUCUCAGUGUUUAAUCUUCCCUUUGUCUCGAACUGUAUUUGUUCUAUUGUUAUUCAUGUUUGUAUAUGGCUGAUCUACUCCAGCUUGUUCAUUUUGCCAUAUGGGUCACAUGACAUAGUUUUGUAUUGUUUUGCUCUUGUUGUGCUGCUAUAUGCUUUAGCUUGUGAGUUUAGACUGAAUUCGCUAAAGUGUUGUCACUUGGCUUAAAUCGUGUGAAUGGAGUAGCCUCUCCUAAAUUUUAAUUCCUAUUUUCAGUGUUUAGUUGACCUUUGUCUCGAACUGUAUUUGUUCUAUUGUUAUUCAUGUUGGUAUGGUUGUUCCAGCUUGUUCAUUUUGCCACAUUGGUCACAUGACAUAGUUUUGAAUUCUUUUGCUCUUGUGCUGCUAUAUGCUGUAGCUUGUGAGUUUAGACUGAAUUCGCUAAAGUGUUGUCACUUGGCUUAAAUCGUGUGAAUGGAGUAGCCUCUCCUAAAUUUUAAUUCCUAUUUUCAGUGUUUAGUUGACCUUUGUCUCGAACUGUUUUUGUUCUAUUGUUAUUCAUGUUGGUAUGGUUGAUCUACUUCCAGCUUGUUCAUUUUGCCAUAUGGGUCACAUGACAUAGUUUUGUACUCUUUUGCUCUUGUUGUGCUGCUAUAUGCUGUAGCUUGUGAGUUUAGACUGAAUUCGCUAAAGUGUUGUCACUUGGCUUAAAUCGUGUGAAUGGAGUAGCCUAUAUCUGACCUGGGAUUGUCCGCUUUGUAUGUUACUCCACUCCCCUUUAAGACUUGUGUUGAUAUUGAAUGCCGUACAAUGGCUUUUCUUAGGAUUUAUAAUUGAAUUCCAUUUUUUUUUUUAAAUUAACAUCUUGUUUGUACAUUAUCUUUUUUCAAGUUACCCAUAGUUCCUCUGGGUAGUAACUUUUUCCCUCUUUGGUUCAAUAAUUUUAAUUGAUCAUGUUCAUUGUAAGUACUUAACUAUAGUUAAGUUUGUCUGCUUAUAAAUUUGUCUUAAGGACUAAGUUCUUGGUUUACUUAUUUUAUUUAAUCAUAUGUUAAGUCUCCUUUUGCAGUAUCAUAACCUGUGCUGCUAUGAAUGCUUUAUAUGCAAGUGCUUUAUAUAAUUUGUGUUGUACAUAUGUUGAAGUUUCCACAAGUCAAGUUCUAUUAAAGAUUAUACAUCUUUGCAUUGCAAAA